UCUAAUCAGGGGUCUGGGAAUCAUUUCUCAUUUUAUAAAGUAUCGCCCAGCUGUUAAUAGGAGCAUUGGAUUGGCACUGCAAGAAUCACAAUGAAGCACUCUGGGUUACAUGUUGCACAUUUGGUGUUACUUUUACUUAUAACUGGCCAUCAUGUUGAAGCCCAGUCAUUCGGGUCUAUACUCAGCACUAUAGCCACAAUAAUCUUUGGGUCAACUGAUUCACCAACUCCCGAUGCCAGCAGCCAACCAGACUGGACCUUUACAACAACUCCAUCCUUUACUGAAUCAGGCACAGAGACUACUACCUACAUCGAUACCAGUAUCUUACCAGAGUCAACCACUAAUCUGAUAUCUUCUUCUGAGACAACACCAGAAAAGUCUAGCAAAGGCACAACAACAUCAUUCAGUAUUACAAGCAGUUCUCUACCUACAACAAACAACAUAGUAUCAUCGGCAUCUACAUCAGUAUCAAAGCCAAGUGCUAUUACUUCUUCCAGUAGAAAUACUAGUAAAACUGCAUCUUCCACUCACCUGCUUACUGAUAGCGCCUCUUCCAGCAUAUCAGAUGCAAUUGCCAUAAGUAUGACAACUCUUUCUAAUAAUGAUGUCAGUAGCAAGCUAACUUCAACAAAUAAAGAACUAGCUACAAGUAACAGCCACACAACACCAGUGAAUGCACCAAAAUUUACAGUGGGUGAAAAAACAACUUCUUAUAACAGUAGUACACAACCACCAUCAAGCACACUCCAGCCAGUAUCAGCCAAUAAUGCAACUAUGUACUUUGAUCUAUCAGCUUCAACUCCAACAGGAACUUUUUUAAGCCACACUAGUGAAAAUCCAACACUAACCAAAUCUGAACCAGCACCAAACAGCACAGAAACAUUUCUUAGUACUUCAGCACCUACUUCUAGCCAUGACCCAAGAACUCAAGCAGCAUCUAGUAGUGUGGACAAUAUAUUUUCCAGUACCAAACCAGUUACCAUUAGUACAUCAGAAAUGGUUUCAAGUACUUUAAGUUCAGCUACUUCUACUAUGACACCAGCUACUAAUGAGAUUACUAGUUCAAGCAACCAGCCAUUGACAACUAGUAUUAAACAAGUAUUUAAUGCUGCUGAAAUCACACAGAACACUGUUCAACCUACAUCAGCGACAUCUCAGCCGGUAUCACAUAGUACAGAUCCAUCAUCCAGUGUUGCAGCAUCAACAGUGUUAAGUGUUUCUGAUUCCACUGCCAAGACAGAAGCCACCGCCAACAUAGCUAAUACAGUCACAGCCUCAAGUCUGCACCCACCAAGCACCAAUAAUGAUUCUGGUAAUAAUACCAUUAACCAACCAGCAGAAGCUAACAGCACAACACUUUCCAUCACAGCUGUAGGUAGCAUGUUGACUACUGUCAUUAGGGAAACCAGUAGCAAUGAAGGUAAGACUAUUAGUACAGCAGCAUCCACCAAUAAUGUUCCACUAAGUUUUACAUCAUCAAUAUCAUCACCAUCAACUCAAAAUACAAGCAUGACGUCUUCCAGCAUUGAUAUGAUCACCCAACCAAUAUCAAGUAUUAGUAGUGCUUUAUCUACCCAAACAAUUACCAGUGCCCCUUCCAUACCUACAAAAAGCACUAUGACUAGUUCAUUACCAACUGGAACAACUAUUAACAGCAUGUCAACCACUUCUGGUAAUUAUACCACUAACCAGACAGCUUCAACCAGAAUCUUAGCAUCUCCAAAUAACCUUGCCAGCAGUCCGGCAACACCUGUAAAUAAUUUUACAAUAUCAUCAACAGCAGCACCUGUUGAUAUGUCUACCUCAUCCAAUAAUGGUACAAAUGUCCAAACAGCAUCAACCAACAGCCCAUCAACAUCUUCCAGAGACAGAAGUCCAUCAGUUACCAUAAACAAUACAGCCUCUUCAACAAUCUCAAGCAAUUCAGUACCUUCAAAUACCAAUACAACACCUUCUACAGAAACAUCUUCCAGAGAUAGCACCAGAAGUCCAUUGGUUACCAUAAACAAUACAGCCUCUUCUGCAACCUCAAGCAAUUCAGUACCUUCAAAUACCAAUACAACACCUUCUACAGAAACAUCUUCCAGAGAUAGCACCAGAAGUCCAUUGGUUACCAUAAACAAUACAGCCUCUUCUGCAACCUCAAGCAAUUCAGUACCUUCAAAUACCAAUACAACAACACCUUCUACAGAAACAUCUUCCAGAGAUAGCACCAGAAGUCCAUCGGUUACCAUAAAAAAUACAGCCUCUUCAACAACCUCAAGCAAUUCAGUACCUUCAAAUACCAAUACAACAACGCCUUCUACAGAAACAUCUUCCAGAGAUAGCACCAGAAGUCCAUUGGUUACCAUAAACAAUACAGCCUCUUCUGCAACCUCAAGCAAUUCAGUACCUUCAAACACUAAUACAACAACACCUUCUACAGAAACAUCUUCCAGAGACAGCACCAGAAGUCCAUUGGUUACCAUAAAAAAUACAUCCUCUUCAACAACCUCAAGCAAUUCAGUACCUUCAAAUACCAAUACAAUAACACCUUCUACAGAAACAUCUUCCAAAGACAGCACCAGAAGUCCAUUGGUUACCAUAAAAAAUACAGCCUCUUCAACAACCUCAAGCAAUUCAGUACAUUCAAAUACCAAUACAACAACACCUUCUACAGAAACAUCUUCCAGAGAUAGCACCAAAAGUCCAUUGGUUACCAUAAAAAAUACAGCCUCUUCUGCAACCUCAAGCAAUUCAGUACCUUCAAACACUAAUACAACAACACCUUCUACAGAAACAUCUUCCAGAGAUAGCACCAGAAGUCCAUUGGUUACCAUAAACAAUACAGCCUCUUCUGCAACCUCAAGCAAUUCAGUACCUUCAAAUACCAAUACAACAACACCUUCUACAGAAACAUCUUCCAGAGAUAGCACCAGAAGUUCAUUGGUUACCAUAAACAAUACAGCCUCUUCUGCAACCUCAAGCAAUUCAGUACAUUCAAAUACCAAUACAACAACACCUUCUACAGAAACAUCUUCCACGACAGCCUCCAGUACACAACAUUUUUCGAGCACUUAUGCAAAAUUGUCUUCUGUAACGGAGGACAGCUCAUCUACAAGCAACAACACGGCAGAUGUCACAGUCUUUUCCCCAGCCAAUGUUUUGGCUCCGUGGAUGAUCAUUGUCAUUUCCUUGGCUGUUGCCUUUGGAACAUUUCUUCUUGUUGGAACACCAUUACUGGUUAUAUAUUUCCUAAGAAGAGAUACUCGCUACAUUGUUUCUGGCUCCUCUAUUUAAUGUGGACUACCUUGCAAAUGUCAGAAUGAUUUGAACUUUACAGUGUUACACAGAAAAGAUGUGUGAGACCUAAUGCCCCUCCUGGUCACUGAGUGCAUUACAUGAAGAGUACAACAGAAGCUUGAUGGACAUUGUAGGAUGAACAGUGGUCAGCUAUACCUGAUCUCCAAAACCCUCUGGAAAUAUUAACCCUGGAAAAGUACCAGAUUUUUUUAUCUCUGUUUAUAUGGUACAUCUUUUUUUUUUUUUUUUAUAUUAAUUCCCAAGUCUUUCCAAAGUGAUAUGUACUGAAAAUUGAAAGGGAAAACUGAAAUUAAGAAUGUGUUGAUAAUUUGGGUAGAUUAAAGUGCCUUAGCAUGCUAUCAGUUGCUUUUAUAUCAGGACUGACACACCAACAUAUUCCUAGAAAGUAACAAACAAUGUGAAAAUGCAGCAUAGCUACUAACAACCUCCAAGGCUCCAUUCACACCUGGGCAUUUUCGAAUCUCGGCAGAAUUACUGCGAUUCUGCUUGUGAUCGUAAAACGCGCUAUAAUCGCAAAACAUAGGUUCAGGUGUCAUUAUUGUCAAUAGCACCUAAAACGCAAUUGUCGCACAGGUUUAUCGCGCUGCAAUCAGAUCACGUAAGGCUUGUUGCCAAAAAGGAGCAGGAGCCUCUUUUGGGUGACAAGCUUCACGCAAUGGGAUUUGCAAUGAUUGCCGCACAAUAAAUCGUGCAACAAUUGCAGAAAAAACGCACCACGUUUUAGGUGCCUGAACCUGCCUUUGCGAUUGUAGUGCGUUUUGAGAUCGUGGGCAGAAUCGCAGUAAUUCUGCCGCAAUCCUAAAAUGCCCAGAUGUAAAUGGAGCCAAAAGUUUGCUAAUUUUAGGCCAGAUUCACGUAGAAUUGCG